CUGCGUCGGAAGGAAAACUGUGUGGAGCGUUUGAAGGCUGUUCGGCUGCUCGCUACAAGCGCUCUGCUCUCUGUCCGCUGUGCGCUGUCAGUUUGAAGCCGGUAGCCGGCGUGCUAGCUCAUGAAGUACGCUCAAUAUUCUUUUGUCAAUCAGUGUUGUUGUGAUUCAUAUUGUUCCCGCGUGUGUGUGUAUGUGUGUGCGCGCGCGAUCUUAUCAAUCAUACCACUAGCACCGAUAACAACUAUUGAGAGUGCUCUCGUUUGGAUUUUGUGAAACGUUCGUAUCUAUGGUUUUACGAUUGUGUAUGAGGGUCUAAUGGUAGUAGCUCACUUGAUCACGAGAUAAAUAAAUGAGUAGUAAAGUGCACAAUAUUUGAAGCGCAUCGCUAAACUUGUUUCAAGUUUGCAUUCAGGAAAUUAUUUUGUAGGGUUGCUGAGAAAAAGCUUUCUAAAGAAACCUGACAUCUUUCGAGCGAAUUGCUUAUAUUUUGAAGUUUGUUUUACAGUGUUCACUUAUCCUGAAUAUUUUUUAUAAGGAGCAAGUUUUCCUCAUCAGCUUUAAGAGUAAUUCCAUUCUCUAAAAAUACUGUUAAGAAAAUCAAAUCAAUGAAAAUGUGUUUCAUUCAAGUCAUACAAUUCAGGGUCCUGCUAAAUCAAUAUUCAAUCUAAGAUAAAUGUAAAAGGCUUUUACCACAUAACAGCUUUUGGGCACAUUAUAGCCUAUCACAGUUUCGAAGAGAAUUUAACGUUUAUGAAAUCUCAAGAUGACAGAAUAAUAUAACUUAUUGGAAUUCGCUAAUCUCCAAAAGAAACUAAAGCCCAGAUACUAUAAUAACAUAAUUUCUCAAAGUUUAAUUGAACUUUAAAGCUUCAUAUUAUCAAUAGAUACCUUUUUACACUACGGAGAGAACUUCAUCAAAUUCACAAUUUUUUUCACAACUCAGUGACAAGAGAAACGUAAAAUUUUGAAAUUAUGAAGAAGUUCAAAGCUUAUUGAAAAUACAUGUCUUGUUGAAAUAUCAUCAAACUUCAACCUUGUCAAGGUUCAGUGGAGUUGUGCCAGAGUUUUUAGUUAUUCUGUGACUUUGUGUGUGAAAAUCCGAGCGGAAAUUGCAAUUGACAUGGGAAAUCGGUGUGAAAAUAGCAUGCGUGAAGUGUAUAGGUAGACGGAAUGGUGGCUAGAAGCGUUCCCUCAGCCGGACAGGAUGUGGCCAGCGGCCAUUACACGCGACUCCUUCAGGAACAGGACAUUCUUUCUCUCGAAGAAUUGCGUCCCAGAAGACACACGCCUCUCUACUAUGAACUACCUCAAAGUUCGUGUUCAACGCCGAUGUUCCUGGGAAGUGGACAGCAACAGUCAGCAUCAUCAGCGUCAUCAGUGCAGCAGCAGGCGAGUGGGGGGGCUGCCACUGCCGGGUCAGGAGGAGGAGGGGUCCUUCACUCCAUGGAGUUGGCGCCUCAGGUUGACAGCACCAGAGAUCAUCCUUCCAAAAAGCGCAAGGCACCUUCUUACCAUGAUGGCAGUGACUUCGAUGAUGACACAGGUGAUGAUUCAAAGUCUGUUCGAACUGAUGACAACAAGAAGCAGAACCACAGUGAAAUAGAGAAACGACGUCGGGACAAGAUGAACACCUACAUAACCGAGCUGUCAGCCAUGGUGCCCAUGUGCUACGCGAUGUCUCGCAAGCUGGACAAAUUGACAGUUCUGCGCAUGGCAGUGCAGCACCUCAAGACCAUCCGCGGCGCCGUCCAGUCCUACACCGAGGGCCACUACAAGCCCUCCUUCCUCUCCGACCAAGAGCUCAAGCAUCUAAUUCUUCAGGUGGCAGCUGAGGGCUUCCUCUUCGUUGUUGGUUGUGACAGAGGCAGAAUCUUGUACGUUUCAGAAUCUGUCUCUCAAGUGCUGCAUUAUUCUCAGGGUGAUCUGUUGGGCCAGAGUUGGUUCGAUAUUCUCCAUCCGAAGGAUGUGGCAAAAGUGAAGGAGCAGUUGUCCGCAUCCGAUCUCAGUCCACGUGAGCGACUCAUAGAUGCAAAGACAAUGCUGCCAGUGAAGACAGACGUUCCACAAGGUGUGUCGCGGCUCUGUCCCGGCGCUCGGCGUUCGUUCUUCUGCCGCAUGAAGUGCAAAUCAUCGAGUGGCGGAAGUGGUGGAGGUGGAGGCGGAGGCGGUGGUGGCGGUAGCAUCAAGGAGGAACAGAUAGACAGCAGUUCGUCGGGAGGCGGCUGCCAUCGCAGAAAAAAGCAAACUCAUGCCGACAAGAAACAGUUCAGCGUGGUACAGUGCACGGGUUACCUGAAGUCAUGGGCUCCGACCAAGUCAGGAGGCAUGGGCCAGGAGCAGGCAGCAGGCAGCAGCGAGUGUGAGGCAGAGAGUGAGGCAGACGGAGAUGGAUGCAACCUGUCCUGUCUGGUGGCCGUCGGUCGGCUGCUGCCCCCACUGCAGGUGAGGCAUACCCCCUCGCAUGCCCCGCCGCAUGACUCAUCGCCCAGUCGGCCCAAGCUGCGCACCAUUCAGUUCAUCAGUCGCCACGCCAUGGAUGGCAAGUUCCUCUUUGUUGACCAGCGGGCUACAAUGGUACUUGGUUUCCUUCCUCAGGAGUUGCUUGGUACAAGUAUGUACGAGUACUAUCACCACGAAGACAUAUCGAGAUUGGCCGACUCUCAUAAAGCUGCUCUCCAAGGUCCACCAGCAAUCACAACUCAUAUUUACAGGUUUCGAAGCAAGGAUGGCUCGUUUGUUCAACUGCAGAGUGAAUGGAAGUCAUUUCGAAAUCCAUGGACAAAAGACGUUGAAUAUUUAGUGGCGAAGAACUCCCUUGUGAUGAAUGAAAUCAAAAUGCAGUCAGAUGGACCGCGAGUACAUUGUGAAGAAACUAGUCAACAGAACAGCUUCGAUUUCUUCGCCAGUAGUCAGAAUAAUGGUGGUAUUGGUGGCAGAGACAUGUCGAGACUGAUAAGCUCGCAUGUGGAGGCGAGCAAAAUAGGCAGGCAGAUAGCAGAGGAGGUGUUCGACCUGCAGAGGCGGGGAGUCGACUCACCGUCCAGCCACGGCACUCCUUCGCCACAAACUGACCAGUCACUGUCAGUCGAUUCGCAGUCGAAUAAUGGUGCGAAACGGGAAAGGACACACCGCAACAGCAGCUGUAAUAACAACAAUAACUACGACUCAUCCUAUGAAUCAGUCAGAAAUAAUGUGAUCUUAUCCAGUGCAGCUGCUGAGCCAGAAGCUGAAGUGGCAGAUUUCGGGUUGCGAGUGUCGCCGGCUUGUGAGCAGACGGAGGCGGGGGUGACGACCGAGGGUGCGGAUGGCAACGACGAGAUGGCAAUGGCGGUCAUUAUGAGCCUCUUGGAAGCCGAUGCCGGCCUGGGGGGACCUGUCGACUUCUCCGGCUUUCCUUGGCCGCUACCCUAGAGUAGCCGCCCACUUCACUACCGUACAUUAGUCUUACGAAAUAAGUGCUGUGUUAUAGAUACUAUUUUUUGUUUUGUACUCGUAUUUAUGUCGUUUUUUCACCAUGAUCGUGUUAUGUCGUUGACUCUUGUGGAGCUCACAGUCGUUAUAAUUAUAUAGUUGGAUCUUGUAAUGAAGUAUUUCAAUAGGGCUACUUGAAUCGUUAAUAAAUUAAUAAUGGAAUAAUUUUUGACUUGAAAGCCGAAACUAUUUGUUCUGUUUUUUAUAAAGGCACUACCUAUGCAAUAUUAUUUCUUUGUUAAUUGAAUCUUGUAAUCUAUUUGGGAAGACGCGGUUGGGUGCAGAUCAUUACCGUAUCGUCGAAGUAGCAGUUUAUUUAUUUUUUCAAUGAUUAACAAACACAAUUCAUGAAAGUUACUUUAACUUGUACAAUACAGGCCUGAUUUCUUAUCUGUCAUCCAAUCACAACAGAUAGGGCAUGUUCCAGAUUUUCAGGAGUUUUGAAAAAGUGAGCAGUAAUUUUUUUAAAGUAGAGACACAAACUUUUGCUUAGGAAAGAUAAUUAUGGUAUACAAGUAUGCUAAGUAUGGAUAAUUAAGUAUAGCCUAUUAUAUUGUGACGUACCGGACAGUAAGCUUUUACAAUUGCAUUACGUUAAAAGUGAACAAUUAAUAUGUAUCACCAUUUGUAACCAAGUUAUAAUUUUUUGUAAAUAUUGGGGGCUCCACCACUUCCCAGAUGGGAAGAAGAGUUACAAAGGAGAUACAUAGCUGAAGAUGGUAGAGCAGAUAUUUUAAAGAAAUAAAAAGAAGAAAUCAUUCUAAGAAAUACAAAAUUUAUUUGUUUACAAUAUUUUAAAAAGAAAAUAAUUUGAAAUGUAUAAGUUAAAAGUUUUAUAAUUUAGGCUAUGAAGAAAAGGAAAACAGAUUAUUAUCGAACAAGUCUCAAUUAUCUUAUUUAAAAAUGAUUUUCUAUUUAUUUCAAUUUGAUUAAUUUUUGAAAACUAUUUAGGUACAGUAUUUAAUAUUUUGAGGAUUUUCCUCUUGGUUUGAAUUCUCUACAUUUUAUUUAUUAUUUUCAAAUUCCUAUAAAAAAAGAAAAACAAUAUGACAUUAUAACUAAUAAAAUGAUGAAUAAUUAAUUGAGUACGAUACCAAUCCCCUUUAUGAUGACCAUCUCGUCAGCUUGGCUGGAAGGUGAGGCCUAGAGGAAGGUCUAGGUCCUGGCCAGUCAGAGUCUUUGAGUGUUCGGAGGAGCGGCACAAAAAAGACUGUCUCGAAAAAGUGGGAAAAUCUAAUAUGAAAAUGCCGGCUGGUGGGGAGACUGGAAAGUUCCACCACUCUGAAGCUCUGCGAUUUUUCAUUCAGUCAGCGCAAUUUGGCUUUCUAGUGAUCCUGAUUUUACUAUUGAAAAUUAAAAAGGGAAAUAAAUUUGAAAUUUGAUGUGCUUGAGGAGCUAUCAAAACCCAUGGUUUAUGACAAUAUCCCGCAAUGAAUUUUGAACAUUACUUGUCAGAUCGUUAGGUACUAUUGCUCUGUAAGGUUUCAAUUACGGUAGUUAUACCGUAUAAAAUGAAGAUUUUUUUAGUUUGACAGAAAAUUAAAUGGGCCUACUGCUCCAUAAAAUGUCGUUAUGAGUUCCAAACAAUAAACAUGUUAAGGAAAAAACCAUAAUCCAAGAUUAAAAUGAGUAAUUUCAAUUUAUAACUAAUUAAUAAACAUCAUGACCUACUUAUCAAAUUUCCAAAAAGAAAGUAGAAUGAAAUUGAUAUAAUAAAUAUUAAAUUCGGGUCGACGCUUUGACUAAAAUGAGUAAUUUCAAUUUAUGACUAAUUAAUAAACAUUAUGACCUACUUAUCAAAUUUCCAAAAGGAAAGUAGAAUGAAAUUGAUAUAAUAAAUAUUAAAUUCGGGUCGACGCUUUGAGCUAAUUCAGAGAGGAUAGGUACCGUACAGAGUAUAAUAUGCAAUUAUAUGUAGAAUAUUUCAAAGAAUUUAUAUACUACACUAAUUAUAAUGACAGGAAUACCCUCAAGCGUUUGAAUAAUAAUCACAUUUUCGUUUAAGGUACUGAAGGAAUAAGCCUACCAAUAAUUCAAACUAAAUAGCAUAAUUUCCUGUUUGGAUCUUUGUAUCGAAAUAAUGUUGACAUUUUCUUUUUAGGAAAAGAUUCAUUCUGUUAAAUAAUUAUGAUUGUAAAAAAACUAUAAAAAGUCUAUGAUAUACAGAGUGUCCCACCAAGGUUGUAACAGCCAUUGACUGUUCAGUAAACUUUUUUCCUAUCGACCUUAGUUUUCGAGAUAUAUCGAUUAUUCGAUAUUUUCAGAAUAUGAAUACUUCCGGUCAUUAAAUACUCAAUAACUCGAAAACUACUGGUCAAAUUUCAAUUUCAAGGGUAUUGUUGGAAAGGGAAAAACAUUUCAAACAAGAUUAAUGUAAUUUAAUUUGUUGUGAGAUAUUUUGUAGUUUUUUAUUAGGGCUUAGACUUGAAAAAAUGCUAUUCUUCAAAUUCAAAGUCAAAUUUCAAACAGUUUUUUCUUGGUUUUUUUCGGGUAAUUAUAGUGGUUUCAAUAUUUCAAAAAAUUCUCCAUUUCAUAAGCUUUCGAACGAGUAUAAAUUCGAAAAGGUAAGUUCCAUGAUAAAGUGUUCAAAACUGCUAAUAUCUGGAAUGAACACAUUCAAAAUGAGGAAAUUCACCAACAUGCAUCAAGUGGUGAUGCUAAGGGUGAAAUCACCUGAUUAUUGCAUUAUUUUUCUGUAGCAUAUAGUCUUAAUGCCAUAUAAAAUAUGAAUCAUACACUUUUACAAGAUCCAACAAAAUUUAUUCAUAGAAUUCGAAUUAUUUUAGAAUAAUUAUUCAUAUAUUAUAAUUAAUAGGUCAUAAUUAGCCUAUUAUUAUAAUAAUAAUUCAUAUAUUAGAAUUAUUUAUAAUAAUUCGAAUUAGAUGAAUGACAGAAUUGAAAAACUGAUGGCAAUCAUUCAGAUGAUAAUCAAGUUACAUGUCAUGCUCACUGCUUACAGGGAUUCAAAAAACCUCCAUUUCUCUUUGUGCAAGCUUCGAGUUGCCCGUCUCACUUCGUCGGACCGUCUCUUCAUUACUUUAAACGUCAAUCGAAUUCUGAGAAUCAGUUCCUCCCAGGAUUCUACAGGUUCUCUGUGAACUUUAUACUUUUCACAACCCCCCAAAAGUAUAAGUCUAUUGGAGUAAGAUCAGGUGAGCGUUGGUGGCCAACUUACGGGUUCACCUCGGCCAAUCCACCGCCCAGCAUAAUAUGGUUAUCAAGCCACCCACGGACGUUUCUCGCAUAAUGAGGGAGGCAGCCAUCCAACUGGAGACACAUAUUUUGCCUCAAAUUGAGAGGCACGUCUUCCAUCAAUUAGUGAAGCUCAUUGGCCAGAAAGUCCAUAAAAACUUCACCAUUUAUUCUUGCAGGGAAAAUGAAAGGUCCAUGUAUGUGGAAAUUUACAGCACCAGUUCUUGUGAACGUACUCAAAACGGAUCCGUGAUCCAGAUCUGUACAUAAAAUGUUUGAAAUACAAUCUUCUGCUAAUAUAUAUCCAACGGCAAAACUGCAUCCUUGAAACGGUAUCAGGUUCAUUCAACUAUUGAAGAGGGGUAUCAUGUUAAUGUUCUUCAAUAUUCUUUGAACUAUCAUUCUUGAAACAUCCAACAUCCCAGCUGCCCGCCGUUUGCUGGAUCAAGAAUUCAGCUCGAAAUUCUUUAGAAUAAGAUUCUCAAAAGCUUCUGAAAUUAAGACGGGCUUCUCGUACCUUGAAACUGAUCCUAGACCCUUACCAUCUUGACAUCUGUCAAUCUUAAAAACGUGUUAUGAGAUUGGUGUUUUCGGUCAGGAAACAAGUUUACUGAACAUUUUUGUCAGAAAUGUCGAGUAAAAUCUAUGGUCAACGGCUGUUACAACCUUGGUGGGACACUCUGUAUAACCCAAAAUUCAAUAUAAAAAUGACACCCUAUCAACAACGUUUCAUUUCAUCGAUAUGUGUAGGCCUAUAUAACUUAUUAUCUGGGAAAUGAUUACGAUUUGGUAUAUGUUUAUUGAACGGGCUGAAUUCUAUUAUUUUCCAAAUCAUGGAAAGGAUAAAAUGAAAAAUUUAAAUUGUAUUGGACUCUUAGAAAAUAACAGUGAGCUCCUUAAUAUUUAAAAGUGGUGAUAGAUAAAUAUUGAUCGGUCAUUGAUUUGUUCAGUGUAAAUUUUCAGAAAAUUUAUUGUGUACUGAAUCCAACUGAUUACAAACAUUUCAUGUUUAAGUAGGUGGGUAGUUGGUUAAUGAAUUUUGUCUACAAUAAUGUUAUUCUGCGUACCUGGUGUUAUGUAUAUUAUUUAUGUUAUCUUUUGACCACUGUUACUGAUUGUAAAAAUUGUUACCAGUAGCUGUAUCUUCAAGGUAUUAAUUGUGAUGUAGAUUAGACCUGUAUAGAAUCAUCAUCGAUCAUUAUACAUAAAAGCAACUAUCAUGACUAUCUAGUAACUUAAUAAUUAUUAUAUUUUUGUACUGAUGUUAUAUAUUUUAAAUGUUUGUUUUUGAAAGUGUAAAUUAAUUAUACAAAAUAUUGUUAUAUUAUCACCGUUUGCUGAAGAUAUAAAAAAAACACAUGGCUUUUACUCGAUUUACACAUGAGAUUGAAUUUAAGUUAGGCGAUAGCCCUAUAUAAGAUUACAUUAAUUCACAUUUUAUGUGAAUGAUGAAAUCAUUCACUACUUUACAUUGCUUCUCCAGACUGAUUAAAAAUAUCUUCACUCGAAAAUGAUAAUAUUUCAUGAUUGAAAUACUUAUUCAUUUAUGAAAACAUGGAAGCAAACAGGAUUUCUUCCAAAAAUUCAAGAUCAAGAUUCAUUCCUUUCUUACAAGUUCAAAAUUAGUUAAUAGUCAAGAUCAAUAAAUUUUCCAAAAUGCUAUCGCCAACUGAAUUCAACAUCAUCAUAGGUAACAGUUUUCAAAGUGUUAGCGAAAUGUAAGACACUUGAAAACAAACUAAUAUUGAGACAGCUUAAUAGAUUAUUAGUGAUUCUCCAAUGGUUGUCCUCGUCAAAUUGUCACCACUAUAAUGUAAUAUGAACUGUGAACAGAAUGACACUCAAAUAAAAUAUAAAUAAAUGUGACUCAAUGCUAAUGGAGCCAGUAAUGUGAUAUGAAUAAAAUUUUGCCAGAUGCAUUUACUAAUUAAAUGAAAGAGAAUAAAUUUUGAGUGUUUUCAUUCAAAACCUAGCUGAAAAAAUUUCAAUUGCUCCGAUUAGAUUCAUGAGGAAAGCUUUCAAUUUUUUCAAACUUCAAAUUGCUAUUUACAUUUUAUAAUAUACGCCUACAAUAGAUAAAUAAAAUAGUUUGCACUAAUUAUUGUAUUCGAUCAGCUACUUUCAAGGCAAAGGUCACUCAUUAUUACCUUGUGAAUAAAUCAUUACUUGACCCUUGAACUUAAAUGACGUCAGUCACUAUAUACUCAUACCAAAUUAUUCACACAUUAUAUAAUCUGGUAAUGAUACGAGAUUAUUAUAAAUACUGAUACUGGGUUGCACAAUUUUCUGGACACAUGGCUGGUGCAAAAAUAGUGCUUGUCCAGCCUUCUAAUCACAGUAAUCUGCCUGCCUGCCUCCCAUCUCAAAUUAAGAGCUUCUGCUUGAGGACAGCCACAUUCCGGUGGUUCGGAACCAACCAAAAACUGUAGGUUCAUUCAUCAUCCAAAUAUAAUGAAAAGGAAGUACGGUUGACAUAAGAAUCGACAAGGGCGUGUUAAGAAAUCAUCUCGCUUAUCAAGGAGCCCUUAGAUUGGUCAAGUUAUUUGAAUAAACUUUCCCUGUGUAAACGCUUGUCAAGGAAUAUCUUAUUGCAUUCUCAAGAAGGGGUUUACUCCAAGAUUCAAGCGUCUACACGGGGAAAGUCCAUUUAUGUUUGCUCAACUUGACUGAUGAUCAAGUUAUCUCAAGUACUACACUAGACUAUAUAAAACUAAUAACUUGAUCAAUCAAGAAGACCCUCAACAGACUGCAAUGUAUAAGUUAUCUCUGGUGCUUCUUACUGUAUUUCAGAAAUAGAGGUCUCCACACUAUGAUUGAGCUCUUCGUUUUAUGAAUGCAUAAAGUUGAAUUGUGUUACUCCGAAAAUGGGACUAGUAGGUUAUUGAUGAUUGGUGUUGACAAUGAAGGUAUUGAUGAGAAAAUAGACGAAACACGUUCAACGUAUCUUAUUAUUUAUUUGUAAAUACUUUACAAUUCUCUUGUUCUGCAACAACGCAGAUCGGAACAAGCUAUCAUCGCCGCUAACCUUCAAACAUAGUGAGUUCGGCCUUUUAUACAUUUAGUUCCAUUAAUACUUGUUUUUAAAAAAAUAGUAGGAGUCCAUAAAUUU